AUGCAGUCUGCCAAGAGGUUAACUAUUUUGCAUGAAACCCCCCUAUGGAGACCUGGGCCAACUGAAAAACCAGUGCUCUGCAAUGCAUGUGGAUUAAGAUGGCGAACUAAAGAGACACUAGAUGACUAUGUUCCCAAACAUGGAAGCACAGACUUACCUUCUGAGAUGAAGCCGCAUCUGUUAUCUCGUGAUGACCAAAAGCUGGAAGUUGGUGAAGAGGUUUCUGGACAGGAUGGCUCUUCAGCUUGUCUCGAAGAGGAAAUGAUUAAAAUAUCAAGCUUAGGUUCAGCAGGAUCAUCCCCAGACAAAUCCAUACAAAUGGAAGAAACAAAUGACAAAGAUCCUCUCCCAAGAAGAAAGAUAUCAAAGCUUAGACAUGGCAUUUUGUCACCUGCUCAAAUCCAGAGAACACUUGAUAACUAUCUCCAGGGACCAGACUUUGAAAUAAUAUCUGACGAAGAUGAACCUGUUACUCUAAUUUAUGCAAGGAACAAAUAUAUUCCUCCUAAUGAGAUUGGUCUUGGAGCUAUGCUACUAGUAUCACCAACUACUACUACAGAACGCUCGACGCCUCUAUCAGCAAUGGCAGUUCCUCCUAAUGAGAUUGGUCAUGAACCUACGCUGCUAGUAUCACCAACUACUACUAUAGAACACUCGACGCCUCAAUCAGCAAUGGCAGAAGAUACUGUCUCUUGCUCAAUGGAUGUUUCUAAGAGAAACAACAAUGUACUAGAUCUUGUGGCUAUGCAAAAUGAAGCUACUGGAAAUAAGGAUGGAAAAUCAGAUGCAUGUGAUAAUGGACUCGCUCCACAGCAUAUGGAUACUACAUAA